AUUCCUUUUCCCCAGGUAUUUUGACUUUUGGGUUUAGCUUACAGUCUUUGAAUUCUCCUUUUAAUUCUUCAUCCCAGUAGGAACAUGCCUGACCCUGCUUAUCAUCCACAGCCAGAAAACUACAGCCAGGUUCUGACACCUCUCUUUUGCCACGGGCCUUUCUCUCCCCAGCCCUUUCCCAACAGUAACAUCCCUGAAGCUCUGCUUCUCUUGCAGACACGCUCAGCCAUACAGAUUCAGGAUCUGUCACUCAAGUUGCAGGAUCUGAGAUCCAAGAUGAAUUUCCCUAAGGCUGAAAUGCCCAGAAAGCCUCCUGAAGCUGAAUCACCAGAAUGGUAUGUAUACAUUUGCAGUGAAGGGAGAAUGACCAGAUGACACAUUUGUUUUAAUUCAGGAGAUGGCAAUUCCUCUACUGGCACGUUCUAUCUUUCCUGUUUGCCACUGAGGAGGUCAACCGAAAUCCCAAACUUCUCUCCAAUCUCACUCUUGGGUACGACGUAUAUGAUACAAAUCAUGAUAUAAGGAUGACCUAUGAGGCCACAACAGACCUUCUCUCAAUUGGGCAAGCAAAUAUUCCCAACUACAGCUGUGGGGGAAGGAGAAAUCUGUUGGCAGUGAUUGAAGGGGUGGAUUCUGAUACUUCUAAGCAAAUCUCAAUCCUGUCAAGCAUCUACAAGAUCCCACAGGUCAGUUACGGGUUUGUUUCUGGGGUUCUGAACGAUAAAACCCGGUUCCCAUUCGUCUACCGGAUGGUCCCCAGGGAAGAACAUCUGUACCAGGUGAUCGCCAAAUUGCUCCUGCAUUUUGGAUGGACCUGGGUUGGCCUCAUUGCUCCAGAUACCGACAACGGGGGAAGCUUCAUGAGGACGUUGACUCCAAUCCUGAACAGGAACGCAGUUUGCGCCGCCUUCUCGCUGAUGAUCUCAGGGCUGACGAUGGAGGCUGACAUAUUGCCCCUUGACGUAUUUAAUAUGUGGAACAAUGUCAGUGUCUUAAUUUAUUAUGGGGAGGUACGUUUCUUCUACAGUACGCUUAAAAGGUUACAGGAUAGAGUGGUAAAAUGUAGCGUCCCCACCGGGGGAAAGAUCUGGAUCACAACAGCUUUGUGGGACCUCAGACUGUACUUGCCUUAUGAGGUUCUGUCUUCCGCGCAAAUCCAUGGCUUUUUUUCUUUCGUCCUUGAUCAGCAGAAAAUGGCAAGAAAUGUUAAUUUUCGAGCAGUCUUCCAUCGUAUGAAACAGUUCUAUCUAAAGGCCUUUAAAUGUUCGCAUUCAAAGCACAGAUUGUCUGUCAAAGGGAGGAUAAGAUGCAAGGAGAGCAUUCUGGAGACUCCACCGGAAGAGUUUGUUGAAACCACUCUGUCCCUGGACAGUGGCAGUAUUUACAGUCUUGUCCAGGCUGUAGCACGUGCUGUCGAUGCUGGAAGUUCCAGCAGAUCCCCAAGGAUGAGAACUGGCAGUGAGAAGAGACUGAGCCCAUCAAGGAUUCAACCAUGGCAGCUCCACUCGUUCCUGGGAAACACCCACUUCUACAAUACUUCAAUGGAUGGAAUAUCUUUGGAUGAGAAAGGGGAGCUGAAAGGCAAAUUUGAUCUUGUGAAGUGGAUAGCAUUUCCCAAUGAGUCCAUACAUGGCACGACAUUUGGAAAAGUAAACCAAUAUUGGGGGUCCUCAGAGAUGGAUUUCACCCUCAACCAGGAUGCAUGGUCCAGGCAGUUUAAGCAGGCCCUCCCUCAGUCCAGGUGUACCGGAAGGUGCCAGCCUGGACAGGCCAAGGUGGUUCUGGAAGGAAAGCCCCUUUGCUGCUACAGCUGUUCCUGGUGUGCAGAAGGGACCAUCUCCACUCAGGAAGAUUCAGACUACUGCAACAAAUGUCCUGAUGAUCAGCAUCCAAAUAAGGCACAAGAUCAAUGUCUCCCCAAGAUUAUAACCUUCCUGUCCUACAAGGAAUAUCUGGGGAUCAUUCUGGCUUCCCUUGCCAUCUUCUUCUGCUUAAUCACAGCCUUUGUGUUAGUCAUCUUCAUUAAAUUCCUGGAAACUCCUUUAGUCAAAGCCAACAAUCAAGAUCUCUCCUUUGUCCUCCUCAUCUCCCUCCUGUUUUCUUUCUUGUCCUCCUUCUUGUUCAUUGGUCAGCCAAGGACUACCACUUGCCUUCUCCGACAAACUGUCUUUAGCAUCAUCUUCUCAGUUGCCGUCUCUUCUGUCCUGGCCAAAACAGUCACGGUGGUGCUGGCCUUCUUGGCAACAAAGCCAGGGAGCAAGGUGAGGAGAUGGCUGGGGAAGAGAUUGGCCAACUCCAUUAUUAUUUCUUCUUCUGGUAUGGAAGUUGUCAUCUGCACAUUCUGGCUGGGAACCUCUCCUCCAUUUCCUGAAUCUGACAUGCAGUCCCAGCCUGGAGAGAUCAUCCUGCAAUGCAACGAAGGCUCAGUUGCCAUGUUUUAUGCUGCCCUUGGCUACAUGGGCUUCCUAGCUGCCAUCUGCUUCGUGGUGGCUUUCCUGGCCAGGAACCUGCCCGGGGCCUUCAAUGAAGCCAAGCUGAUCACCUUCAGCAUGCUGGUCUUCUGCAGUGUCUGGGUUUCCUUUGUGCCCACCUACCUGAGCACCAAGGGGAAGUACAUGGUGGCUGUGCAGGUCUUCUCCAUCUUGGCCUCCAGUGCUGGCCUGCUGGGCUGCAUCUUCAUCCCCAAGUGCUACAUUAUCAUUCUGAGGCCAGAUCUAAAUACAAAGGAGCAGCUAACAGCCAAAUCUAAUGAUGGCUUGAAAGUGAGGGCUAAAUAAUGUUCGUGUUUG